GCCAUAAGAGAGCCGAAAUUGUGCGUGCUCCAGAAUAGUGGAAGAAUGCAUUCAAGGGCGUACAUGUUACUCGAGAAAGAGUGGUUUAAAUUGCAAAAGGAAGAACUUCCUUGGGGUAUAAAGGCCAACCCACUCAAUGAGGAUGUGGACAUGUUUACCUGGGAAGGUACCCUAAAAGGCCCUAAAGACACAAUGUGGGAAGGUGGUGUCUUCAAGUUGUAUCUUCAGUUUGAUGAGUGCUACAAUGGCAGACCACCAAAGAUUUUCUUUCACACAAUACCCUUCCAUCCAAAUGUUGAUGCAGACACAGGUCAAGUAUGUGCAGACUUUCUUGAUGAUUUGAAUUGCUGGAAAGAGUUUUAUUCAAUUUCUUAUAUGCUACUCAGUAUCCAGAUGCUGCUACCAAAUCCAGUUCUUGAGGAUGCUGUAAAUCCUAGUGCUGCCAGAAUUUUUGCUUCCUCACCUAGUGGUUUCAGACAGACUGUGCUGGACUGUGUUCUUGCUAGUAAGAGAAUUGAAGCCGCAGGGUUCAAUUCAGCGGAGAACUAAUACCAUAACACGCCCCGAGGAUGUUGCAUUUCUAGAAAGAUUUGUUUAUAAACCACCAGCAGAAGUGACCAAUAUAUAUGGAACAGUUGAAGAUGAAAAUCUACAGAAAAACGUUGAACAGACAGAAAUUCAGCUAUUUGAGGAACAAGACGAGAAUCAAACUGAUGGUCAAAAUGAGUUGGGAAGUUGUACACCAACACUACAUCAGG